AUGAAUUCUACCAAUGAAUUUCCUUCACAGUCUUUGUUGAUAUUUUUAAUAACAACUGAAUCAUUAUGUGUAGCUAUUGGAGUUAUUGGCAAUCUUUUUGUGAUAUUGUACAACGCUCGUUGGAAUACAGAUAAAAACACGACCAGUUAUUUUGUUAUAAAUUUGGCCAUUUCAGAUCUUGUUGUCUGUGGGAUCUCUUUUCCAAUGUUUAUAGCAGAAGAAACUCUUAUUUUGAUGGGAAAAAACGAUGUAUAUGGUUUAUCUUGUAAGCUAAACUAUUCUUUUGGGUACGCGACCUUAUCGACAUCAGUUGUGAAUCUUAUGAUGCUCACAAUUGAUCGUUACAUUUGUAUUGCAUUACCCCUAAAGUAUCCUCACAUUGUCACCCAAAGAAAGGUGUCUAUAGCUUUGGUUUCAGUAUGGAUCACUGGCAUUCUUAAUUUCUUUAUGAUAUUUUUCACAACAAGAGUGACCAAUGUGCCAUUGAUCUGUGAUGUCAACAUAAUAGUUGCUUCUGUUAGUACGAUUUUGUUCCUUUAUGUUCCACUUGGUGUUACGAUCGUUUUUAAUGUGAAAAUUGUACAAAUUGCUCGAAACCAAGGUCGAAAAAUAGCAGCACAAGCUUCAUCACUACAAACAAGUGAUUCAACAGCUACAGAUGAAUUGAGCUCAAGAAAAAACUUUUCACAACAAAUAAAACUCUUCAAAACAAUACGCGUGGUUUUUGGUUGUUUUUUAUUCUGUGUAACACCUUUUCCUGUGAUAUGUUUUAUUGAAUUUAUCAUUUGCAAUCGUGGCUGUAUUUCUAAAGAAAUUAUCCUUAUAACAGGGCUUCUGGCUGCAACAAACUCCAUUAUAAAUGCUUUCAUUUAUGGAAUACGAGAUAAGGAAUUCAGAAGAUCUUUCAAGCAUCUGUUCGCCCAAUGCUGUGAGAGACGGUGA